AUGUCUACUUUUGCCCAGUUUACCAAAUGGCUGCGCAAGAAGCAGAUUCAGAUUGAAGUCACCUUUGCCGUGUACAUGUUUACGCCCUGGGAGAAGUUUGCCUUUUACUCCAUUGUCUUCCUCCUCUUUAGCCUCACCUUCAUCGCCGCCGUUCUAUACCUGCCGCACCACAUCACCGUCCUCGCCGGCCGCGUCUGGUACUACAUCAACGGCGACAGCAUCGACGUUGCUGCCUCGGCGCGCGGAGCCAUCCGCGAGGUCUUGACGUCUGGCGUGCUCGACGCCACCAUUCCCAUUGUCACUGCCGGCGCCGUCGACACCCCCCCGCCACCCGUCAAGGCCGAGCUGUAA